AUGCCACUGCUGGAGGCUCCUGCCGAGUAUCUGGAGUCCUCUCCGGAUCACUCCCUGCAGGCGGAGCUGCCCAUCCUCUUGGCCCCACCAGGUCCGGCGGCCCUGGCACAGGUCCGGAUGCCUCCGCCUGAGGUGCGUCUCAACCAGCCGAAUCCUGCCCAGCAGCAGCAGCGGGCGCAGCUCAACCGUCGACAACUGGCCCGCCGUAACUCCUUCGAUCGGGAUGUGCCCCUUACCGAGGAGACCCAUGCGCUGCCGGCCUUCGUGCAUCUGCUGCCCGUGGUUUUGCCCCAGCAGGCCCCGGAACCGACCUUGGACGAGCUGCUGCGGCGAGUCACGCAGCGCACGGACCUGGAGGCGGUGGAGUCGGUGCGCCUGCGCGUGAUAUCCUACACAAUCAGCCUCUCCCGGCAGUCCCUCUUCCUGCCGCGCCUCCAAAGCCUCGACCUGAGUGGCAGCGUGCUGAGUUCGCUGAGGGACCUGGGCUACGGACUCCUCCAGCUGACCCGGCUGGACAUCAGCAACUGCGGCCUGAACAGCUUCGACGGCACCAGCGGAUUGCCGGCCAUCCGGGUGCUCAUCGCCGAUGGAAACAUGAUCCAACGCGUCGAUCCUCUGGCCGAACUGGUCCACCUCCGCGUUCUGAGGGCAAGGAACAACCGGAUCAGCGAACUGGGUCUGCUCUCCUUCCUGGGAAUGUGCCCGCAGCUGCAGGAGGUGGAGUUGCAAGGGAACCCCGUCUGCCGGCUGCCGCUCUACCGCUCGCUCCUGGCGCGCAGUGUGCCCACGCUGCAGCUGCUGGAUGGACGGGUGUUGAAUGCUCCGGCUGCUCCGGUGGCGGUCGAGGAAGCUGCAUCCCCGACCUCCAGCGAUCUAGAGUCCGGCUCGGAGGCGACUGCCCAACGUCCGGCCACCGCACCUGCUCCGGAACCCAUUCAGAUCUCACUGAGCACCAGCAUCCGGAGGCAAGUGUCAGCCAGUUCCGCCUCCACUCCGGUGGCCGGAUCGGUCUUAGGUCUGGUUCGACAGCGGCGGAGGCGGAGCGGCCACGCUUGGGUCAGUUCCUCCUCCUCCAGCGGAUCAUCCUCCGCCUCAUCGGCCAGGUCCACCAGGGCACCUUCGGUGAGCUCCUGCUCCUCCAACAGCAGCCUCGACGUGCAGUCAUCCACUUAUGCCUUCAGUCCGCAGUCAACGCUGGACUAAAACGCACUAUGUUAUUCAUAAUCCAUGAUUGUUAAUAACACUUAAGACAUGAAUGUAUGAAUGGUAAAUAAUGUAUGUUAGG